AUGGCUCUUGCGAAAGCACACGAGGUAGCGAUGGAGCAGGCAGUGCGUCGGAUUUGCCGGAGUCUUUCAUCCAAGCAAGCCUACAAGACGGGGCUAUCGAAAUAUAUAGAUCAAGUGCGCGAUUGGCUCAGCUUCGCCGAAAUCCACAACAAGAAGAACUUCACCAGAGCUCUGCUGAAAAUCAUCUUCGACCACGCUCUGACACAACUCCCCGGAUCGUUCAGGCUCUGGAAUUACUAUGUUCAGGGAGGCAUUGAGCUGUUCUAUAAUCGGCCUCUGGGCUCCGAGCGCCGGCAGCUCGAAAAUGUCAACGGUCCUUUCGAGCGUGCUCUCCUUGGGCUGCUGAAAUUGCCCGAGGUUUGGUUCAUGUAUUGCGAGCUCCUCCAUGGCCACCGGCUUUCGCCCCGACUUCGUCUCACUUUCGAUCGACGCUCUUCCCCCCUGAUCCCCCACGAUCAGUUAUGGUCUGGUGCUGGGAAACUCAUCGCAAGUCGCAAGAUUCCCGACAUCGGCCUCAACGCCCACCCACGUGCCCUGGAGUACAAUGUUGAGCCGCAGGAGCUAAUGGGCGAAGAUCAGGUUCCGCUCGGCGGAUCAGCCGAAGCCGCGCGUAAGGUAGCCGACAUGGUGAGAGCCGGUCUAGCUUCGGCUGAAAAGGAACCGAAGCAGACCUCAUGGUGGGAGUUGUGCCAGCAGCUCGAAGAAAGGCGGAAGCAGCAGGACUUGAGGCUCGAGGCGCUCUUCAAGAACGAGCAGGAUCAACUCCCGGAGCAGGAAGGAGAUCUUUGGUGCUCCCUCGCCGCCCACUACAUCGGUUUGAACUUCGUCGACCGUGCGCGCGAGAUCUACGAAGAAGGCCUCAUGAGCGUUUCCUCGCUGCAAGAUCUCUCGAAGAUAUUCAAUUCCUAUACUAACUUCGAGUAUAAUCUCUUACGCAAGCUGAUGUCGAAGAAGAUCAAGACCCGAGAAGAGGAACUCGAGUCGAAAAAGACCAAGACCCGAGAAGAGGCAUUCGAGCUCGAGCUCGAAUAGACCCGAUACGAAUAUCUCGUGGGUCGAAGACAGCUGCUCGUGAGCACGACGAUUCUGCGUCACGAUCCCCAAAGCGUCUACGAGUGGCUUAAGCGCGUGCAGCUGCCCGAGGACGAUCCCGUCGAGGUCGUGAGAAUCUUCUCCGAAGCAGUGCACACGAUCGAUCCGCGUUGGGCCUGCGAAGGACAAGUGUCCCAGAUUUGGAUCGCUUUCGCUCAAUACUACGAGUCGAAGGGGCAAAUCGAUGAUGCCAGGGUCGUUUUUAAGAGAGCUACGCGGGCUAGCUACUCUAGCAUCGAUGAGCUUGUGGAAGUGUGGUGUGAGUACGCCAAAAUGGAUCAAUUUUCUCUGACUUGUGCCCCGUUCUACCUCCUUGCUCCCUUCGGGACGAAGUUUUCGCGCCUUCCCGUCGCUUACAUGGAUAUCCAAGAAAUUCGUUCGGCAAGGGGUAAACCCCAGUUUUCCGUGGAGAGCUACGCAGUGGAGAAAACUGUAGGCGGCGACACUUCUUACUGUAGAUGCAUCAAGAAGAGACGCGAAGGGUGUCCAGCGAGAAUAGUCGUAUCGAGAUCAUCGACGCUGACUCUCACGAAGCAGGCUGGUGCCCACACGCACCCGCCCGACAACGGAGAACUCAUAAAACGUCAGGCCGCCGCUGAUAUGAAGAAUGCGGUUCUCGAACAGGACGAAAGGGGAGUGAAACGCGUCUAUUCAGAGACAUUCGCGGGACUGGUGCGCAACCUCCAAGAAUCCUACGAACACAAGGAGCUCGGAGCCUCCCUGCCCUCGUAUGACCGUGCGAGAGCUACCUUGAAUCGCGCGCGCGUGAAGCUCGUCCCAGUCCGACCUAAAAGUCGAGAAGACAUAGUCGUGGAGGGGGAAUACGCGAGAACUCUCAGUGGGGAAGAUUCCUCCUGUUCGACGAUGGUUCCGAGCAUCAAAUCCCCGGUUUCGGCUCCAGGGAGAGAAUUAGUAUCUUGUGUGACUCCCCGGCGGUUUUCAUCGACGCACGGCACGUUCAAAGUAGUACCGCGAUUGUUCACGCAGUUGUACACUUUGCACUCGUUCUACAAAGGGCAGAUGUUCCCCCCCGCGUUUUUCCUGCUCCCCGAUAAGAGGAAAGAAACCUAUUGUAGGAUGUUCCGAAUGUUAAAGGAUCCCGCUUAUUCGGUAAAGGGAGUUUUCGCUCCUCUAACUUUCCAGCUGGUCUUUGAGGUGGUCACCCUCCGCGCCAUCCAACAAGGGUUCCCAUUGUCGGCAAUCAAAGGAUGUAACUUCCAUUUUAAUCUGUGUCUCUGGAGGAAGGCGCAAUCCUUGAGUCUUGUAUCGUUUCACAACGAUCCCCUCGUAAAGAAGCUGAUCCGAUCUUGUUCGGCUCUCAGCCUGGUCCCCCUAGAGAGGAUCGAUGAAGCCUGGUUGGAGAUAGGUGCGGACUCCCCUCCAGCGGUCCACCCGGCGCGUGAACGUGUGAAGGCCUUCAAAGGAUACGUCAUCCAUAGAGUUCCCAUUUACCCGGACAUGUCCUUGUCCGUCUUCUUGUCCGGUUUUCCGCAUUUUUGUCCGGUUUUUGGCGCCAUACCGCCGGCUGAGCUGCUCGGCGGAUCAGCCGAAGCCGCGCGUAAGGUAGCCGACAUGGUGAGAGCCGGUCUAGCCUCGGCUGAAAAGGAACCGAAGCAGCCCUCAUGGUGGGAUUUGUGCCAGCAGCUCGAAGAAAGGCGGAAGCAGCAGGACUUGAGGCUCGAGGCAUUCUUCAAGAACGAGCAGGAUGAACUCCCGGAGCAGGAAGGAGAUCUUUGGUGCUCCCUCGCCGCCCACUUCAUCGGUUUGAACUUCGUCGACCGUGCGCGCGAGAUCUACGAAGAAGGCCUCAUGAGCGUUUCCUCGCUGCGAGAUCUCUUGAGGAUAUUCAACACCUAUACUGGCUUCGAGUAUAAUCUCUCACUUGAGCUUCGCAGGAAAAGGAAGUUGUGGAAGACUUACACGGCCCUCGAAGAAGGCUUCGGACUCGUGGAUGCGCAGAUGCUCCUCAACGUCGCGCCCUUUUUCGAGGGGCGCUCUGAGUUUGAUGCUGCCUUCCGAUUUUAUGAAGGUAGCAUCGGAAUGAGCGAGUGGCCGGAGGCCUUCGACAUCUGGAGCAUGUAUCUGACGAGGUUCAUGCAGCUUUACGGUAGGAAGAGAAGGGAUCUGGUACAAGAACUCUUCGCAAUGUGCUUUGCUGAAUGUCCACCAGAGUGGUACGAAGAGGUUUUCGCGCUGCGUCGCGAGCUCGAAGACUCGUACGGGCUCAGGCAACGCACCAAGGACGUUUGCAGCAGAGCUGAGGAGAUUGUAAAGAACCCUCUUCUCCCACCCUUCCUUUAA